UGAUGUUUUCAGUGUUAUUUUGUGUUAAAAUAAUUCUAAGAAAGUGAUUAUUGCGGAAUAUAUUGAAAUGAGAUUGUCAGCGGUAUAUGGUGUUAGUGUAUUAAUAUUGUUUGAGUCUAAUUAGGACUCGCGAACUUGGUCACUGCACCAAAAGAAAAGCUAUCUUUGUGCAAUCUACCUGCAUCGUCAGGCAACUUGUGUAAUUAUAUUUUGAUUGGACGAAAGUAGUAGAGUAUACUCCUUAAACUAUUCCUUAAAAUAUAUAGCUAGUGUAAAUAAUUAACGGUAACCAGUGAAUUUAAAGAUAUUACUACAAGGAUUCAAGUUAUUUACUGGAUCUAAUGUCGUGACGAGUGAGACAAAAUGACGUCAUUCGCAAAUCUGACGCAGUCGCUGGCAUCGAGUUUGCCUUCCACAUCGGCGACAGCCACCAGCGCAACAUCCAGCCAUAGCUCCAACGAGCAAGAGGAUCCACUUGCGAUGACGCACAUACUUUGCAAUCUCCUGGAAAAUAUGAAUAAACCCUCCAGCCUUCAAUCGGUUGCGUCGACCUCUGCCUCAUCUACAGUACCUUACGAUAUAUGGGCGUUACCAUCCUGCAGCUCCCUUCAGAACCCUAUCGGCACUAUAGGUCGUGAGUACAACUCAAAUUCUAACAAUAAUCAGAAUCAUACCAAAGAGGAUAACUCGAGCGGUUCACCCGGCACAUCUUCCUCUGUAUCCAUCACUUGUUUUCGUUGUGAAGAGCGUACGCCCACUACACGUUGUUUAGAAUGCAAUGAUUUGUUCUGCCAUGAAUGCUGUCAUAAAGUAACUUCUGACUGUCAGCUAAGAGAGCACACUUUGCUGCCUAUACACCAAAUAUCUCCAAUCGGUGUUAGACCCAACUCUGUCACCAAUGAGAAAGAAGUUAUGUAUUGUGAGCUUCAUUGUGAUCAAGUCAGAUAUUAUUGUGAAGCGUGUAUUAUUUUCAUUUGCCAAGAAUGUACCUUGUGGGUCCAUAAAGACCAUUGUUAUACUCCAAUAAAAGGCGCACUAGACAUGUGUCGUGUAGGAGUUUUUAGAGCUAUAGAAGACACUAAAACAGGUACUAAAGCUAUUAAAACUGCUAUAGAUCGUGCCGUAGCUAUGUCCAAAGCAUACGAAAAGGAGACUGCGGAGGCAAAUAUGAAAAUUCGAAAGGCAAUGCGUUGUUAUGCACAAGCUAUUGAAGAUCGUGAAAAAUAUUUAUUGGAUAAAGUAGAGAAAAUGCGUCAGGCGAAAAUGAACGAGCUAUCUGAUCACAUGAACACACUUCGUGGUAUACUUGCUGGUUUAGCACACACGAACGAAACUCUAGUGCGUAGCAUGGAUUCAGAAGGGAUUGAUUUAUUUAUGGCUAAAGAGAAAGGUAGAGCUCAAGUGGAUUAUUUUUCUUGCAUGUUCAAAAAUAUGUAUGUCACCGAAGAAAGAAUUAUGUUUGUACCUCCUAAUUAUGAUUUAGUAGAUCAACUGAAAAGACAAUGUGAUGUACAACCAAUACCAGCAAGUUCGACACACAACAUCAACACCGCGUCGUCGGUUCAGUCUAGACAGUCAUUGUUAUCACUUCAAUCUUUACAAUCAGCUCAGUCUUAUACUCCAUUAACUUACAAUAUCUCCGGAACAAGUAGUCUAAGAUCUUUACCUGAUUAUACUAGCAAUCCUACAAGAUCUACUAACUAUUACGACCAUAGCAUUACAUCUAGUAUAGCAAUGGAUUCCAAUCCCGCUCGUGGUAUCGGUCAAGCUAUACCUGGAUAUUGGAUGUCAGUAACAGUGAGACCAACAAGAAGCCCAGUUUCUGGUGUUCCUAUGUUCUCUUUCGGUCGUGAGGGCCAAGACGAAGGCCAAGUGUCAAGACCGUGGGGAUUAUGUGUAGAUAGAGAAGGCAACAUAAUAGUUGCAGAUCGACGAAACAAUCGCAUACAAAUAUUUAAUUCUCGAGGAGAGUUCAAAACUAUGUUUGGUUCUAAAGGGACUGGCCCCGGGGAAUUUGAUUUACCAGCUGGUAUUACUACUGACACAUAUGGUCGUAUAAUAGUUAUAGACAAAGAUAAUCACCGUGUUCAAGUAUUUACGUCUUCUGGCAAUUUUAUUCUAAAGUUUGGAUCCUUUGGCAAAGAAUGCGGUCAGUUUCAAUAUCCUUGGGACGUAGCAGUGAACACACUGGGCAAUAUAGUAGUGACCGAUACACGAAAUCAUCGCAUACAAUUAUUUACCAGCGAUGGCACUUACAUAACCAAAUUCGUUUUCGAGGGAGCCAAUCCAGCUAAGAUGUUAAAAGGACCGACAACCCCGAGGGGCGUGUGUUUUACUACGUCAGGAAAUAUUAUAGUGUCUGAUUUCGAGAAUCAUCGUUUACUUAUGGUAGAUCCAACUCUUUCCAAGGUUUUACAUUGUGUAGGACGUGAAGGUUCCGGUAUCGGUGAACUUAACCGCCCCUCGGGCAUAGUAACUGAUGACGACGGACGUAUUAUAGUGGCUGACUCAAAAAACCAUCGCGUGCUCGUGUUUACAUCAGAGUUGCGCAUUUUAUGGGCUGUUGAUUUAAAGAGCCCUGGUCUUGAUGACAAGGACCGGCCGAGCGACGUGGCGCUUACUCCUGAAGGAUAUCUAGUGGUAUUGUUCGAAACGCUGCCUGACACUGCUCGCGACAUCUCUUCCCACGGCAAGCAAUACAUUAAGGUAUAUUGAAUAAUAAUAUUAAGACAGACUAAGCUCAUGGACCUAAGGUCUAUCAAAAUUUAUUAUGUUUUCUUUUUUUUAUGUUGUGAUUUCUUUGAUAAUGUGCCAAUUUUAUAUUAUUAACUUUCGAAAAGAACCCAUUCGAGCAUAGCUUGGGCGGAGAGUUAGUAUUUGCUCAGCAAGUCAUGCGCAAAUCAAAAACAAUUCUCCUUAAACCUUAUUAUGAGUUGCGUUACCAUAGUAAUCGAGUUUUGUUUCCGUAUUCGACUAGUCUUUAAGGGCCAAACUAUGUUUGAAGUGUUUACUUGCGUCAUAAUAAUUUACAGUAGCAAUAUUUAUCGGUAGUUGACACUAUCAAAUUGUUAGUCUAGUUUCAAAUAUAAAUAUCGAAUAAAGUUCGGACCCAGUUGUCUAUAUUGGAAAAACUCUGAAAGGAGGCCAUAUUAGAAGUACAAUCUUGUACAUGCACAACGAUACAAGUCUGUAUGAAACGAUAUACGAAAAACUGUAAAGAUAGUAAUCAAAACAAGAACAAGUGGCAUUCUAAUGCCUACUAAAACUGACGGGUUAUAUCAUAAUAAUAACUAAAAUCAAUCCUAUUUCUCUUACAAUUAAAAAUCAAUAUUAAACAUAAUGAAGUAAAGUUAUGAAAAUAUCACCUUGUGAUGUAAAAGAUGUUUUAUGUGAGAUAUAAAUUAAAAAUAAUAUGACUUGAAAAGUAUUUUUCCAAAAUGUUACAUUUUGCGUUUUUAUAUUGGUUAAUGCACAGACGUUGAUAUGUAUUUGUAUAAGUUAUUUUGAAUAUUAAUUUAGGAAAGUACUGAUAUUUUAUUGUAGCGUUGUUGGCGCGUGUAUGCUGUAUUUAAUUAAUUGGCUGGAUAAAUAUUGGUUGAAUUAUUUUGCUCGAAUUAUAAUAUAGAGACUGGUUCUUGUUCGUGGGAUUGGUAUUCGGGUGUGAGUAGUGUGAAUGAGCAAAAGAAAUUAAUGCAAUAAAACUUUAAGACUGACUUUAGAAGACUGUCUUAAAGAUGUCGAUUGCGACCGGCGUAGGCGGCAGCGGACAAUGUCGCUAGAACUGACGUCUUCUUUUGAUGCGAUUUAUUAUUACCAAAAUUAGAAAUUAUAUUCGUUUCUGCAAAUUAAUAGGGCUCUAUGAAGCUGUGACGAGAUUUUGUCAUAAUUUAUUUUGUAUUAAGAGACGUGAUAUUUUUAUUUUCAUGUGCAAAUUGAUUUUUUUUUAUUUCGUUAAAAUUAUAUCGGUAGAAAUAAUUCGAUCUGUCUAGACGUAUUAUUUUAAUGUUAUGUAGUAAAUAUAUACAUAGUUACAGAAUCUUCUCAAUCACAGAUCUAUAUUAAUAUAAUCUAAUUAAUAUGGCUAACUCGCUAUUAUGUAUGCCAUCACUUAUAUUCACUUAGCUAAAUGAAUUGACUUCUUCGUUAUUCUAUUUAAAUAAAAUGAAAUUAAUCAUAAUAGGUACGUAAUAUUUUGCAGUUAUACAUUAGCUAAUUUAGAGAUAUUCUUCUACAUAUUGAUUAUUUUAAUUAGUUAAUGUUAUCGCGUGUUUACAAUCGAAACUUUCGUAUUAGUUCAAAUAUUGUAGGAAAAUUUCUUUCUUAAAUUUUAUAUACUAAGUAAUCUAUAUUUCAAAUGUAUCGAAAUAUAUGUGUAUCGAUUUUAUUCGAUAUCCAAUACCUACUAUGUGUUCAGUCAAUAUGUGUUCACUUUAGACUAUAAUUAAGUUUAGUUGCAUGCCUAUUAACGUAGUGUUUUUUUAUUGUGGAACUAUAGCUAGCUAGGUGCACUGACUUCCCUCGGUGUUAGUGGUCGAUGUACAUUCCCAACAGUUUUUGUUAACCACGGUUUUUAUGCCCUAGUGCGGUGAAUUGCUAGACACGACACCGACGUGGUACAGUAAAGGGAGUAAGCACACCAUACAAUUAUUAUUAUAUUGAACCCCGACCCGGCCAUACAACAUGUAGUCUGAUAUUAUACCUUUUGUGACACGCAAUAAAGAUUUGUUCACGGCGCCAACACAUCUCGAAACGAUCGUGACUAAUUCCUUGGUCACUCGUGUUCGUUCUAUACACAGCUCUCUGUGGGCAUGCUCCCUAGUAUUGUUAUAGCUUAUUAGUCGCCACUCUAUAUUAUAUCUAAACUUAAGGUUACAUCUAAUAUUACAUAGAACUAGUUCUCUAGUUAAUAACAACUAUCAUAUGCGCGUACGUUGCGCGCUAGAAUGCCUAUAUCGUUCACCCAAUAUCUAAGUAAUAAUUAAUGCAUAAUAUGAUCGAUAAGUAGCAAUUUCUUUAGACUAACGUUUUUCACAUUUUGUACUUAGGGUAACACUAGUUUAAGGGACUUGAGACGAGGAAAAUACGAUUUAAGUGGUAUACUAUAGUAUGAACACUGGCCACUUCAAACAAAAAUUUUCUAGUGACCGAAGGACGUAUGAUUAGAAAUAACAAAGGAACUGACUAUAUGUAGAUAAUAUUGACUGUAUUGAAGAGUCUGAAUUUAAGUAAGAUGGGAAAAUUGUUGUUUGAAGUUCUUACACUUACGCAUAAGAGCUAUAAGCACUCAGAAUAUUUGUACGUGGUCGCAGGUUCGCAGUAGUGUAGGUUGGUCGAUAUUAGUGUAUCAUUGCUGAGUUUGACUUUUGAAUAUCGUUGUGUGGCUGUCGCGUCUUAUAAGAUAGGUUUAAUUAAUGCAAAGAUAAAAUAAAUUAUUUUUCAUUAAAAUUUAUUACGAAAUAACCGCAUAUUGCAAACACCAUUUACCGCUAGUGUACUCCUGCGAUGCGGAACAAAAUCCGUGCAGUCUGUGAGAGCUCUUUCGAAGAAAUACAGCUUUGCAUCUAGACGGCAAACAAUCAAAUUUCUAUGAUAAAUUAUUAUAUUUUGAUUUCCAGUAAUAAUAUAAUGGAAUUAACUUUUCCUUUUUGUUCAGUGCCAUUAUUAAAGUAUUACGUUAUUUUUUUAAUAAUUAUGUUGCAUAAAAUGCAGUUUUAAGUAAUUAAUCUUCAAAAGUAGGUUUAAAUCUCGAAUCCAACAAAACUUGUUUUCUGCUAACAACGAAUCUCAUUUAUUUGUGAAAUAUAUUACUGCUCUACAAUGUAAUUGAGUGAAUACACUCAGUUUAUUGGAUUUGCCAGGCAAACUCCGUCAUUUUGAUUAUGUAUAGAUGGUUACACUCUAAGAAUGUUAUCCAGUCUUGCGUAAUUAAAAAACCCAGAAUAUUUAUCUGCUGCCUCAGUAUCGAAUUUUCAGACCAUUUUGAUGAAGUGAUAAAAUAAGACAAUGUUACCGACGAUGAGCCAUUUGUAGCCAUCUGUUUUAAAUAUUUUUAUAUCCAUAGAUCAAUGUUGUAGAUUUUAGCAUUUCAUCGAGUGUCUAUGGUUUAUGAAAUUGAAGAGAGACCUGAGGUCAAUAGUGGGCACUAUUUUGUGAAACUUAGCUGAAAGCUGCUGAAGCAUUACUUAAUUUUAAUAUCACAUUUUAUUUCGUAUGGUUUAGUUAUGUUAUUAAAUUUUUUGUUACUUUCUCCGAUUUUGUGGUGGUAUCAAAAAUGUUACUUUAUAUAGAUUAUAGUAUUUCUGUAUAUAAUCUCGCUGUUAAGUGUAGGUAAGUACUACGCACCUAUAAAAUACAAUUAAUGCACAACAGUUAACUUUUUUCUUCACUUCGGCAGUUUUAUAACAUUUAGCCACUUUCAAAAGGUGGAUCUGGAAUGUUUCAUUAAAAUUUUUGAUACGACCACGAAAUGAAGAAAAGAUUUGAUCGUCCUAACGAUUUAUGUGAACAUUGUGAGCCCUGCUAGUUGCUAGCAGUAAAAUUGUGGUUUUGUGAUAGGUACAAUAAAAUUGAGAACUUAAUAACAUUUUAUACGUGAUUGAUAAUUUUUUUUACGAAUUUUAAUAUUUAAAAGUAUUCGGCGACACUUGGAUUGCGAAUAAGAUAACAUUUCAGCAGUUGUUUUGUACACAGAAAUUGUAUUUGCAACUUGAGUGUGACCGCACAAUUUGAGACCUAAUUCGAUAAUUGUAUAGUGCGAGACAAAGCUGUACGAUAUGAGAUUUUAGCAAAAUUGUAUUGAACCAUUUUUAUGCUAUUUUUGUAACGUUAUCUAGGCGCUUGUGUUGUGUUAGAUUUAGGGUAAUAAAAUUCGUUCAUCUCCCUUUUCCUACUCGCAAUACGCGGAGCUUCUCGUGCCCGCCCCUUUUCUAACGUCGUACAAUCGCGCGGCAAAGGGGGAUGAAUGAAAUCAAUAUCAUAUGUAAUUGAGAUAAGUAGUAUUUUUGUACACGCACCUCGGGCGUCGCGAUGCGCACGGACACCGACGUGAGAUUCGGACGCCGUGACGCGACGCCCAGACGGUGGUUAGUUGUGUUCAAGUUAAAUAACCGCAUCUACCUCACUUGUAAUGUAUUUAAGACUGAUUGGUAUUAAUGUGCUGGUGGUCAGAUCACCGAUUUACGAGUCAGUUGUCUACUAACAAUAUUAGUCUUUUCAUAAGAUUAUAUAGAUUAGAACAUUAAAGCGUCCAGAGAUUCUAUCGAAUAUGAUACUCUUUACUUUUAAUGAUUUAAAUGAAGUGAAUUUAAUUAGCGCAGUCCAUAACGGAAACGUUGGGCGAUGCUUUCAAUAGUGGACAACGGUCUUUUUCUUUUAUUAUAUUAUCAUUCUAUAUCUUACGUUAUUAUUCUUCUCUAAUAUUGUUGAAAGAAGACUGAAAUUUUAUAAAUGUUCCUAUAUUUUAAUUUAGAAUAAUUUACUACCUACCAUAUUUCAUUUACAUUAUUUUUACCCCUUCGGUAAUAGUUACUUUGAUUCUUAUAAUCUUAUCAAUUGUGUAUGACGCUAUAUAAUGUCAUAAAAUUUUUGAAAA